AUGUCCAAAAUCAAUAACACGCAUGAUACAACAUACGAAUUCCAAUCUACCAAAGCAAGUCAGAUCAACUAUGAGCCGAAAGAUCCUCCCCUGCGGUUAGUGGCGGGCGACGACGGUGGCCAUGCUAACAAUUCCCAUAUUUUCUUGUUGGACUAUGCACGCGUCGUCAGGCAAGCCCAGAAUGUGUCCUUUCCAGAGUCGUUGCCCAAGGAAGGGUGGUGUUGGGCACAGGCCUCAUCACUCUCGUCCCCGUUUCUGCAUGAAAGACCACCCGGGGAGGAAUUGACGGAAAGCAAAAUCGAAAUGGAAACAGGAAAAUUAUCUGGCCCAAUGUCAAACUCAGCAUCGGCAACAAGGGACGCGUUCGAGAGUCUGGCGAAGCUUGAGUCUGUGGCCGCGCCAUUUGCAUCAAAGUCGAAAAGCGACGGCGGAGGACACAAGGCCAUAUCACAUCAAAAAGAAGCUCAUUUACCAGUGCUGCCCGUUCAGCCCUCCCAGUAG